CGCGCACAGCGCUGCAGAUCCCACUGCUCCGACAUGCGGGCCCAAUGCAGGUGAGGAAAGGCACGGACUCUGGGGCUGCAAACCCAAACUUGGGCACCGCGUGGUGCGCCUCAGCCCUAGCCCCCGCGGGCUAACGGCUGCUGCGGUUUCAGGAGGCGGCUUCGUGACUAAUGACCUUGCGCAGAGUUGUUAAGAAAAAAGAGAAACCCGAGCUCUCGGGGAUUGAGAAGGUGCUGAGGCUCUGGGCGUCUCUGAAGAUGGCUCGGUCUGCUCUUCAGCGCGCCGGGUAGACCCGGCUGCGGACCGCGCUGUGACGUGAGUAGUCUCCUCUGCACCGUGCCCGGAGAGACCUGCCAGGGAUUUUUCAUUCUUGAUCUGUUGGCUGGCUCCCCUGCUGCCUAAGCGGAGUCGGAGUUGAGACUGGCUUGUUGCUGGCCCUGGCGCCUAGUGCAGGAAGAGACUCACGUUUGCCCCGGCAGCCGGAGAGGGUACAGAGGCUGGGUCUGGAGUGAGUGACUGGAACGUGAAUUGGACUCAACUCGAGUAGCAGCAAAGACUAGCGGGGCUGGCUGGUGGGGGUGGCUACAUUCCCCGCCGCCUCCGGGCUCCACCGUCCGCCUUAACGGAGUGGUUCCGGCCCCAGCCGACAGAGUCGGGUCGAGAGACCAGGAUCCUCCGCCCGCUGCCGGGAUGAUUCUGGGAGGCGGGGGAGUGCAGAGCCCGCCGCGCGCAGUGUCCCGUAAACUGUGAGUACAGCCACUGAACGACGGCCGGCCAGCGGGCGAUUAGCACCCAUUGCAUGAAUUAUGAAACAAUAACUUUCAGAAGAAGCAAAAGGAAAAAAAAAAAAGGAAGGAUCUAUCGCUGAUCCUCCGAGGCCGACUCUGCACGCUGCUCUUGCCCCCUCCCUUCCCUCUCCCUUGCUCCUUCUUUUCUCCGGGAGGGGAGAGGACUGGGGCGAAGAUUAACGGCCGGCCCCGGAGGAGGGGGACACCGAGGGGGCUGUGGUUAGAAGGAGCAGUAGCAGCAGCAGCAGGAGAAGAUGCUGAGGAUGCGGACGGCGGGCUGGGCGCGCGGCUGGUGCCUGGGCUGCUGCCUCCUCCUGCCGCUCUCGUUCAGCUUGGCGGCCGCCAAGCAACUCCUUCGAUACCGGCUGGCGGAGGAGGGCCCCGCCGACGUCCGCAUCGGUAACGUCGCCUCGGACCUCGGCAUCGUGACCGGCUCGGGCGAGGUGACUUUCAGCCUCGAGUCGGGCUCCGAAUACCUGAAGAUCGACAACCUCACCGGGGAGCUGAGCACGAGCGAGCGGCGCAUCGACCGCGAGAAGCUGCCUCAGUGUCAGAUGAUCUUCGACGAGAACGAGUGCUUCCUGGACUUCGAGGUGUCGGUGAUCGGGCCCUCGCAGAGCUGGGUGGACCUGUUCGAGGGUCGGGUCAUCGUGCUUGACAUCAACGACAACACGCCCACCUUCCCGUCGCCGGUGCUGACGCUCACGGUAGAGGAAAACCGGCCGGUGGGUACGCUCUACCUGCUGCCCACUGCCACCGAUCGUGACUUCGGUCGCAACGGCAUCGAGCGCUACGAGCUGCUCCAGGAGCCUGGGGGCGGCGGCGGCGGCGGCGAGGGCCGGCGCGCUGGGCCUGCCGACAGCGCCCCCUAUCCAGGGGGCGGCGGGAACGGCGCGAGCGGCGGCGGCAUGGGUGGCUCCAAGCGGCGACAAGACGCGCCCGAGAGCGGCGGAGGGGCUAGCCCGGGCGGCCGCAGCAGCGUGUUCGAACUGCAGGUGGCCGACACUCCGGACGGCGAGAAGCAGCCGCAGCUGAUCGUGAAGGGGGCGCUGGACCGUGAACAGCGCGAUUCUUAUGAGUUGACCCUGCGGGUGCGCGACGGCGGCGACCCCCCACGCUCGUCGCAGGCCAUCCUGCGGGUGCUCAUCACCGACGUGAACGACAACAGCCCCCGCUUCGAGAAGAGCGUGUACGAGGCUGACCUGGCGGAGAAUAGCGCCCCGGGGACCCCUAUCUUGCAGCUGCGCGCGGCCGAUCUGGAUGUGGGGGUCAACGGGCAGAUCGAGUACGUGUUCGGGGCGGCCACUGAGUCCGUGCGGCGGCUGCUGCGCCUAGACGAGACGUCUGGCUGGCUCAGCGUUCUGCACCGCAUCGACCGUGAGGAAGUGAACCAACUGCGCUUCACUGUCAUGGCACGCGACCGCGGGCAGCCCCCCAAGACUGACAAGGCCACCGUGGUGCUCAACAUCAAGGACGAGAACGACAACGUGCCGUCCAUUGAAAUCCGCAAGAUCGGGCGCAUCCCACUCAAGGACGGGGUGGCUAAUGUGGCCGAGGACGUUCUGGUCGACACCCCCAUCGCCCUGGUGCAGGUGUCAGACCGAGACCAAGGUGAGAAUGGGGUGGUCACCUGUACUGUGGUGGGCGACGUACCCUUCCAGCUCAAGCCGGCAAGCGACACAGAGGGCGACCAGAACAAGAAAAAGUACUUCCUGCAUACCUCGGCCCCUCUGGACUACGAGACGACCCGGGAGUUCAAUGUGGUCAUAGUGGCAGUGGACUCGGGCAGCCCCAGCCUCUCCAGCAACAACUCCUUGGUGGUCAAGGUGGGAGACACCAACGACAACCCGCCGGUUUUCGGCCAGUCGGUGGUGGAGGUUUACUUCCCGGAGAACAACCUCCCCGGCGAGAGAGUGGCCACGGUGCUGGCUACAGACGCGGAUAGCGGCAAGAACGCGGAGAUCGCCUACUCGCUGGACUCAUCAGUGAUGGGAAUCUUUGCCAUCGAUCCCGAUUCUGGGGACAUCCUGGUCAAUUCGGUGCUGGACCGCGAGCAGACUGACAGGUAUGAGUUUAAAGUUAAUGCCAAAGAUAAAGGCAUCCCGGUGCUCCAGGGCAGCACCACGGUGAUUGUGCAGGUGGCUGACAAGAAUGACAAUGACCCUAAGUUUAUGCAGGACGUCUUUACCUUUUAUGUGAAAGAAAACUUGCAGCCCAACAGCCCGGUAGGGAUGGUCACAGUGAUGGAUGCUGACAAGGGGCGCAAUGCAGAGAUGAGCCUCUACAUAGAGGAAAACGGUAAUAUUUUUUCCAUUGAAAAUGACACGGGGACUAUUUACUCCACAAUGUCUUUUGACAGGGAACAUCAGACCACAUAUACUUUCAGAGUUAAGGCUGUGGACGGGGGAGAGCCUCCCAGAUCAGCCACAGCUACAGUUUCUCUCUUUGUUAUGGAUGAGAAUGACAAUGCUCCCACAGUUACCCUUCCUCGAAACAUUUCCUACACUUUACUGCCACCUUCAAGUAAUGUCAGGACAGUAGUAGCUACAGUGUUGGCAACAGACAGUGACGAUGGCAUCAAUGCAGACCUUAACUACAGCAUUGUGGGAGGGAAUCCCUUCAAGCUGUUUGAGAUUGAUUCCACUAGUGGUGUGGUUUCCUUAGUGGGGAAACUCACCCAAAAGCAUUAUGGCUUGCACAGGUUGGUGGUGCAAGUAAAUGACAGUGGGCAGCCUUCCCAGUCCACCACGACUCUGGUGCAUGUGUUUGUCAAUGAGAGUGUUUCUAAUGCAACUGUGAUUGACUCCCAGAUAGUCAGAAGCUUGCACACCCCACUCACCCAGGAUAUAGCUGGUGAUCCAAGCUAUGAAAUUAGCAAACAGAGACUCAGUAUUGUCAUUGGGGUGGUUGCAGGAAUUAUGACAGUGAUUCUGAUCAUCUUAAUUGUCGUGAUGGCAAGGUACUGCAGGUCCAAAACUAAAAAUGGCUAUGAAGCUGGCAAAAAAGAUCAUGAGGACUUCUUUACACCCCAACAGCAUGACAAAUCGAAAAAGCCUAAAAAGGACAAGAAAAACAAAAAAUCUAAGCAGCCUCUCUACAGCAGCAUCGUCACGGUAGAAGCUUCUAAACCAAAUGGACAGAGGUAUGAUAGUGUCAAUGAGAAGCUGUCAGACAGCCCCAGCAUGGGGCGAUACCGAUCUGUUAAUGGUGGGCCUGGCAGUCCUGAUCUGGCAAGGCAUUACAAAUCUAGUUCACCAUUGCCUACUGUCCAGCUUCACCCCCAGUCACCAACUGCAGGAAAAAAACACCAGGCCGUACAAGAUCUACCACCAGCCAACACAUUUGUGGGAGCAGGAGACAACAUUUCAAUUGGAUCAGAUCACUGCUCUGAGUACAGCUGUCAAACCAAUAACAAGUACAGCAAACAGCCGUUUCGUAGAGUGACGUUUUCUGUUGUGAGUCAGCCUCAGGACCCACAUCAGGGGUCACUGCAGAGUUGCUAUGACAGCGGGCUGGAGGAGUCAGAAACACCAAGCAGUAAGAGUUCAUCAGGGCCAAGACUGGGUGCCCUUCCACUCCCAGAGGACAACUAUGAAAGGACCACGCCGGAUGGCAGUGUUGGUGCCGCACCAUUCCAAGGAACUGCAGAUUCAAGGCCUCUUCCAGAUGUAGCCCUGACUGGGAAGUGCACCCGUGAGUGUGAUGAAUAUGGCCACUCAGACUCCUGCUGGAUGCCUGUCCGUACUUCUCCAGAGAGGAAGAAAAGCCAGCCCAAACUCUCCACUUUCAUGCCUGUAGAUGAACGAGGAAGCCAGGAAAAUCUGGCUAACGGUGAGGCCGCCAUCAUGGGUGACCGCAACAGAAACCUCCUGAACAAAAAGCUGACCUCAUCCUACGAGACCUUCAGCACAGCUAGUUUCAGCAAAAAUGAGGAAGCCAACCCUGAGGAUAUCCCCCUUACAAAAACAGGGGAAUACAAGCCAUCUCCUGUCAAUACUCUCACUAGAAGAGAAGUUUACCUGUAGGCUAUAAAGGAGCAACAGCAAAGUUCUUUUCAUGUAUGAGAAGGAGAAUAAGGGGCAAAAAAACCUUACAAAGCAAAACCAUUUAAUCAAAAAGAGGGGGCUACCAAAGAGACAAAGCUUUGCCUGCCACUUCUGCCUCCAGGUCAGGCCUUUGGUGAUACUUAGCCUGAUUAUAAUGUACAAUGUAGAAACCAUCCUUGUUACUUGCAUGUCUAAUCCUGUCACUGAUAGCCAAAACCCACUCUCCCUCUUCCCCACCAACCUCUCCAAAACAAAACAAAACAAAACAAGCAAAACAAAAAAACAAAAAAAAAAAAACCCCCUACCAGAAAAAAAAAAAAAAGAAGAAAAGAAGAAAAAAAAAUAAGAUGGUUGCAAGUUCCUUUUAUGGUUAACAAGCCUGAUUAGCAGAACACAACACAUUCUAAUUAUCCCUAAGCUGAAGCAUGAUUUUAGUCACUUUGAUUUUGUUCGAGUGUCAUCCAGCUGGUCAAAAAUAGCAGGUCAGGUAAACAUAUUUCAGACAUACCAUUAAAAUAUGGUUUUUGGUUUUUUGGUGUUUUUUUUUUUUGCCAACAAAGGCAAUCCUUCAAAAAUGAUAGAGUCUCUCUAAAGGUACAGUCUUUAUAAGUAUGAGGAACCCCAUUAAGAAGCACUUUGGAAAAUUGCAGCUUUAAUAUUCUAACAAAGACUGGCAGGAAGACAGUAAUCAGAGUACUGUAGUCACAAACUGGCAUUUACUAUUUUCAAGUCAGAACCAUCACCUUAAAUUCUAUAUAGUCACUAAACAGUCUCAAAAUACACAUAAUCUUGAUCACAUGUAUCAAUUAUACUAUUUAUGAUUUGUAAAAAUUACAUUUUUCUUUCUCAGAACAGGACCAAUAUUAUCAAUUAACUGAAAUGAUUGUGUCACUAAAAGACCAAAGAUUAUAUCGCAGAUCAGGGAUAUCAUGAAGUAGAUUUGGUCUUGAAGCGGAAAUUCAUCAGAAACAAAAGCAGCUGAACCCCAUCCGUGUAUAGAAACACUCAAACACUGGUUUAUUUUAUAUUGUCUCUACACGAAGGAGACACACUUCUUUCAAAAUGAAUUUUAUUUGAAAACUCAAAAAUGGAAAAAUAAUGAGACUUAUUUUUGGUACUAUGAAAAUAGGAGAGGUUCAAGUUUAGUUUCAGAUAAUAUCAGGGAAGAUUCCACUUUUAAAAAUUAUUGCAUUUGUGGGUGGUGAAGUAAGGAAAGAAAGAUGCAUUGGCAUAAAAUCCUAUAAGUUUAUUCACUAUUAUGAUUUUAGAAUUAUAAUAUAAUUGUAAUAAUAUUAUAAUUUUAGAAUCCAGGUUAUACUUGCUGGUCACACUACCAAUUUUCAAAUUUCCAACUGCAUUUUCACUUAUUCACUAUACACUUUCAUAAAACACAAGUGCAUUAACGUUGAAUCCUGUGCAAUACCGAACUAUUUUGAGACACCACACUGAAACAAAAUGACCCUCUAGUUAACUUUGUCACUUAUGUGAUUUGAGCACUAUUUAAUAUAUACAUCUUAAAAUAAAUCCAAACCAAACCUGAAAGAAAUGAGUCCUGGGCAGUGACAUUUUUCACAGUACACACAUCUGAAAAUUGGAAAACACAGAUUUAUCAGUGCAAUAGAAAGAAACAUAAUAUGCAGAUUUUGAACCACUUGCUAUAUAGAGGAUGAUUUAGUAAUUGGGAAUUAAGCUGGGACAUUCAAACAAGUGACAAUCUAGGGACAGAACGGGAUAACAGGAGAAGGGAGCAAAUGUUCCCAUCACUGAAUGUUUGUCAACUGGUUAAGGCAUAGCCUUGAUGGCUCUCUAGCAAAUUGUAGAAGCAAUGCAGCUUUGGAUAGUUUCUUGCUUUGAAGAAUUUCUUAGACUAUAAUGUGAAGCAGCCUGGAAUAUAGGUUGAUAAUUCACUAUAUCUCACCAAAAUACGAAACGCUUAUCUUUGAAAACCAUUUCUCUUUUAGGUGGGGGUACUCUUUUGGGGUUAUUUCCUUAUGCUCUUUCUUAAAUGGAGUUUUCAUUUUGAUGUUAGUUUAUGUAUAAUAGUUAGGAUAAAAGAAUAUAUGUAAUUGAAAUAAAGACAUUGGACUAAACUAUCAAUAAUUGAACAUGUUUAUGUUUGAUUAUUAUUUACACUAUGGAAAGAUGCAAUUGUACUUUGUUAGGAAACUGCAUUAAAGCAGUUCUGCCUUGUAUAAUCUGUAAGUACCUAUUAAGACAAAAUACUUCUAAAGACACUUAUGAAAUGUAUACGUAUUUUUUCUUGCACGUUACAAAGGAAAUACUCAAUUGCAUAACACAGAUGUUCAACAAAUUGUUUUAUUUUUAAAUGCAUUUUUUUUUUUCUUUCAGUAGAUACUUGAAACCACUAGGUAGCUCAUUUCACUCUAUCUUUAAACCCUUCUGUUCUUUAUAAAGCUACUACGGGUUAUACCGUAUCUUUGGAUUAAUUGAAUCAAUAGUCAUUCACUGACGUUUGCACCACAUUCAAGACAGCCAUGUCAUUGUCAUUUAACCUGUGAGCCUUUCUUAGAGCUAAAAUGGGUGUGAAAGAAUAAAAUUCAGUGUACUGUAAGUAUUUGCAGUAAUUCUGGUAGAAUUAGCUAUCAUAACAUGUUUAUUAUAUAAUGAGCUGGCAUGACACAGAAAUAUAUUUUGUGUUUGUAUGACUUUUAUUUUCAAUAGGUAAAAUCUGGUGCCACUCCAUAUAUAGAGUGCUUUUGAAAAAAAAAAUAAAAAGAAACAAAAAAAUAAAUAAAUGAGUGAAUGCAAAAUAAGCAACUGUGCCUUUUAUACCUGUUGUUAUGGUAAAAAAUCGGUUGUUGGGUUUGGACAAUGAGGGGAAAUGGGCUAUUCCCAACUUUUUUGAUCCUGUAUAUUUAUCCAUGUUUAUUUUCUGAAAAUAAUAAAUAAUAUAUUAAAAAUUUGCCUUCUUCUGGCAAACUCAGAUAAUG